AUGGCCGACAACGCCUCGGCUUUGGCCGAUGCCAAGGGCCGCAACAGCGAUGUCGAACACGUUGAGCAGGACCUUCACAAGCCUCAUGUUGAGGGCGAGGACGUUCAACAGCAGCACCCGGAGAUUUACCUCGAGGCCCUAGCGCGGUAUCCGAACGAUGAGUCUAUCGACCAGGCCGAGGAGAAAAGGCUCGUCCGCAAGUUGGACAUGCGAAUAAUUCCUUUGCUGGGAAUCUGCUACUUUUUCUACUAUGUCGACAAGACCACACUAUCAUACGCUGCCAUCUUCGGACUUAAAGAAGGUCUCGACCUCAAAGGCGACGAGUACUCUUGGCUGUCAAGCAGUUUCUACUUCGGUUGGCUUGUCUGGGCUAUCCCUUCCAACCUGAUAAUGCAGCGCUGCCGUCCUGCAUGGUACCUGUCCUUCAACAUCUUCAUGUGGGGUGCCCUCCUCAUGGCCCAAGCCGCCGCGAAGAACUUUGCCGGGCUCCUAUCACUCCGAAUUCUUUCAGGAGCCUUCGAGGCUAUUGCUGACCCUGCAUUUAUGCUUAUAACUUCUAUGUAUUACACGAGAAGCGAACAGCCGUCGAGAAUUUCGGCGUGGUAUGCCUGGAACGGCAUCGGAGUUGCCGGCGGAGGUCUUAUCGGCUACGGUAUUGGUAACAUCAAAGGCGCCCUGGCAUCAUGGCGCUACGAGUUCUUGGUUGUCGGCGCAUUUUGCUCCUUCUGGGCCAUCAUCCUCGUCCUCUGCCUCCCCAACUCCCCACGCACGAUCUGGGGCUUCACUCAUGAAGAGAAGCUUAUUAUGAUCGCCCGAAUGCGCCGCAACCAGACAGGUAUCGAGCAGCGCAAAAUCAACUGGGGCCAGAUCAAGGAGGCCUUCCUCGACUACAAGACCUGGCUCUUCACGUUGCUGGGUUUCAUGGCCAACAUCCCCAACGGCGGCAUCUCCAACUUUUCCACCCUGGUCAUUAAAGGCCUUGGCUUCGGGACGCUCGAGACGGCUCUACUUGGCAUUCCCCAAGGCGCGCUUGUCGUCAUUUGGAUCGGUCUUGGUGCCUUGGCGAACAAGUACCUGCCCCCCAACAGCCGAACGCUUGUCUGCGCUUUAUUCAUGCUGCCCACCAUCGGAGGCGCUCUUGGCUUCCUUCUGGCGCCGGCUAAUGCUUACGUUGGCCGCUUGAUUUGCUUUUAUCUUACCGGCUCUUACCAGGCGUCCUUCGUUCUAUCUCUUUCUCUCAUCACCUCAAACACUGGUGGGCAGUCCAAGAAGAUGAUUGUUUCCGGAAUGAUCUGGUUCGGCGCUUGCAUCGGUAACAUUGCUAGCCCAUUCUUCUACAAGACCAACCAAGCUCCUUCAUACCACCUUGGCAUCGGCUCGCUUCUGGUUGCAAACUGCAUUGAGUUCUGUCUCUUCUUCGUCUUCCGCUAUGCCUUUAUCUGGGAGAACAAGCGCAAGGAGAAGCAGCGCGAGGCGUUGCGUGCAAGCGGCAACUACAUUGCCGACGAGCUGAAUGCUACUGCUUUCACAGAUAUGACGGACAAGGAGAACCCUAACUUUAUUUAUGUCUAUUAG